GGACUAGAGACCUCAGUUUCUCUCUCUUCGAAGGCUCCUCGGAGUUUCAGAUUUCUCUCCGGCGCUAGGGCUCCGAUCCAUAUUUGCCGAUCCUCCAUAUCCAGCCUUCGGUCAAGCUGUCAUCGCCGCUUCCUUCUCGUAUAUCCGAGGCAACUCACAGCUUCAAUUUGGAUCUCAGGUUUCUCAUCUUUAGGGUUUUGCUUACGUAUUCCACUUCACUACUGUUCUGAAUCAAGCUAAUCUGUGUCAACGUCUGGUGUACUUAAACUACUUACAAUUGUCCUCUGUCUGCUUGCUGUUUUUUGUACCCGGAAUUCUGUAGACAAAUGGUGUUUGAUUCAAUCAGUUGAAGAUUUUGUUUAAGAUUAGUCCAUAAAGAGGAAUUCGCUGUUCUAAACUUGUUUUGGAUCCAAAGUUUGUAUAAUCCAUAAGAAGAAUUCGCUGUUCUGAAGUGUUUGGGAUUUAUCUUUUGCGACUUGUUAUUCCGUUUGGUUAUAAAAAUAGCAAAAGAGCCAAUUGGUUAAUAGCAUAAAGGAAUAUGUUUAAAGCAUACACACACAAAAGUUUCUUACAGCGUCAUGUUUGAUUUAGCAGAAUUGUGGAAUUUCUGUUUCUCCAAAAGCAGUCAUACAGAGCGCUUUGUUAGUUAAUUCAACACAUUAAAAUGGCGAAGAAGACGAGGUUUCCUGCAGGUUGCUCUUCUGGCUUUGUGUCUAGUCCUCAAUCUGAACAGUCAGGAGGAUCAGGCGGGAUUGACACUGAGAGGACUGCUUCAGAGGAUUCAAAUGACCCGAGAAGGAAGUGCAUUGAUUUGAAUUCAGCUGCCCGUGAUGUUUUUGGUGUCCCCAUACGAGUUCUUCCUUUAUCAAAAAUGUCGGCUUCUGAAAGGAAGAAUCUUGUGGUGAGGUUGAGGUCUGAACUCGAGCAGAUUCAGAGUUUCCGUAAAAGAGUUCAGCUGCAAAGAACAAAUGCUGUUGCAUUAUCAUCCACAAGUGACAUUCUUAGUUGUAGUAAUGUGCAAAAUGUUCAGAUGACAGAGACAAUGGCAAAAUGCUCUGCUUUGGCAUCCAAUCAUGGGAGGAAAUCAAAUCCUUUGAACAAUAAGGGGUCACGCGGUUGGAAUCGUGGAAAUUCUGGAAGGUUUGAAUCGGCAACCACACAGCCAUCCACUUCGAGCACAUCCAGCUUGAUCUUGAUGAACCAGUGCGAGUCAUUGCUAAAAAAGUUAAUGCAACACAAUUAUGGUCACGUGUUCAAUGAACCUGUUGACCCUGUCAAGUUAAAUAUUCCAGAUUACUUAUCCAUCAUCAAGCAUCCAAUGGAUUUUGGAACGAUAAGAAAUAACCUUGCUUUGAACAAGUAUUUGAGUCCGUCGGACUUCCUUUCUGACGUCAGGCUUACCUUUUCUAACGCAUUACUUUACAAUCCUUCUGGUACUCCUGUUCAUUCUAUGGCCGAAACUCUUAGUAAGUUUUUUGAAGUGAGAUGGAAAGUAAUUGAGAAAAAAGUCCUGAAAGACUCUUCACCGAUUCUUGAAAAAACAAGCCUGAAGGAGGAGAAAGAAACACCAAUUCCUCCAUCAAAAAAGAGAAGGUUCAAUCCAAAUGCAGUGCAUUCAACAUUUGUUUCGGCUCCAGUCACCCAAAUAAUGACAGCGGAGGAGAAACAUUUGCUUAGCAGGAAACUAGAGGCUGUGUUGGGAGAUUUGCCAGAUAAUAUUGUUGAAUUUCUGAAGAAACAGUGUUCAAAUGGAAAGGAAAUAACAGAUGAUGAGAUUGAAAUUGAUAUUGAUGAUCUUAGUGAUAGCACCUUGUUCACAUUGCAAAAGCUUAUAGAUGACUAUAUGCAGAAAAAGGAAAAAUGUCAUGCAAAGUCUGAACCAUGUGAGAUUGAGUUGCUGAAUGAAUCUGGAUUUAGUAACUCAUCCAUGCAGUUGUCCAAAGGGAAUGACCUUGUUGACGAGGAUAUUGAUACAGGAAAGAAUGAACCUCCUGUGACUAGCCACCCUUCCAUGGAUAUUGAGAAUGAAACAGCCCAGAGAACUCACAAGUAUUCAAAGUCUACUGUUUGUGAGAAGUCCCACCAACCAAAUACAUCAUCAAUGGGCAACUCAGUUUCUCAAAAUAACUUGGAUGACAAGUUAGAAGAUGGUGACUUGCUUCAUGGGAACCAAUCUAUCAGUGAGCUUGAUCAAUUCUCUCAGAAGCUGAACUCAGUUGAGUCUGACGGUCAUCAGGAUGGAGAAAUUGCUCAUAAUAUUGAGAGGCAAGUUUCACCGGACAAACGGUACAGAGCAGCUCUUUUAAAAAAUCGUUUUGUUGAUACAAUACUAAAAGCGCGAGAGAAGACAUUUAAUCAGGUUGAAAAAGGUGAUCCCGAGAAACUAAAACGCGAGAGGGAGGAACUGGAAAUGCAAAAAAGAAAAGAGAAAGCACGACUGCAGGCGGAAGCAAAAGCGGCAGAAGAUGGUAGGAAAAGGGCAGAAGCUGAAGUAGCAGCAGAAGCGAAGCGCAAGAGAGAGGUUGAAAGAGAAGCAGCUAGGCAAGCAUUGCUGAAGAUGGAGAAAACAGUAGAGAUAAACGAGAAUUCUGGUUUUCUUGAAGACUUGGCAAUGCUGAGAGAUGACAGUGGUGGUGAAGCAGCAGGAGGAGGAGAACUGCAGCAGAUGCCUACUAGCUCUGUAGUUGUUGAUGAUAAUGACAACGAUGAUGUGGAGGAGAUGUGCCUGGAUGAUCAGUCUGGGGUUGAUUGCUGCCGCCUUGGAAGUUUCAAGUUUGGCAGUAACAUUAAUCCUUUGGAGCAACUGGGAUUGUAUAUGAAACAAGAUGACGACGAAGAAGAACCCGAUCAUCCACCUCCUCCUCCUUUUCUGCCGUCACCGCCACAACUGGAGACUGCUGCUGCUACUACUACUACCACAACCGGUGGGGGUGGGGGUGAUGUAGAGGAAGGAGAGAUUGAUUAAUAUGCUUAAACCAUAAUUUAAAAUACCUAAAUUUUAUAUAAUGGCUUUUGUGUACCUCCUACUAGUAAGUAAGUACUACAAUACCUUCCUUUUCUCUUCCCUUUUCAGAGAUGAAAGCAAAAAAACAUUAUUACUUUACAUUUUGCACUCUA